AUGAUACGCAGAAGCCAUAAGAAGUCCCGACAGGGGUGUACACAUUGCAAGCGCAGUCACAAGAAAUGCGACGAAACCAAACCAUCAUGCGUCAACUGCACCAUCGCCAAUAAAAAAUGCUCCUAUAUUCAGGCCGCCAGUAAACCUAGUUCAAAUAGCCAGAGCCCCAAUAAUAAUGGACCGGGAAUCAGCUUCGUGGCUGAAGAUCUGGCUGGCUCUUCUGAUCAGAGAGUGUACAGUCACGCGACCGACCGGAAUCAGUCGGGGACGCCAGUACCUGCACCCCCUCGUCCCGAACCUUAUGUCAAUAUUCUCCAUCUGGAGCUGUACCAGAAUCUGAUUUCAGAGAAUGUUCCUACUUUCGGUGAUGAGACGUCGAAGGCUGAAUGGGUUGCUACCACAAAACGAUACACAUUCGAGUACCCGUACAUUAUGUACGAAUCCCUCGCCAUGUCAGCCUUCCAACUCAGUAUCAAGCACCCCUCCAAAUCCGCCAUCUACUUCGCCGAAUCAACAGCCUUGCAAGCCAAAGCACUAUCUCUCUUCAACGAAUCCUGCACCACUCUCACACAAGACAACACCGUCCCAGCAUUCCUUUUCGCCGCCAUCCUCGGCCUACAUUGCUUCUGCGAUACCUUCUCGAUGCCGAGUCCAGACCUCAACACCUUCCUAGACUGCUUAGUACAGUCCAUCCGACUUCUGAGAGGUAUCCAAGCCACGACCGGGACUUCCUGGGACUACAUCAGGAAUUCGGAUAUCAAGGUUCUGCUGGCUGACGAAGGCCAGGCUCUGGAGCACGAUGACAAAAUCACGUGUGCAUUUGAUAAUCUCAAAAUGAUAUUCUCUCAAUCUCACACCCUUUCCGCAUUCGAAGCCAAGGUCUACGGCGAAGCCAUUGACGGCUUAAUCAAGGUCUACAAUACCCAGCUGCCGAAUGGAGAAUCGCACAUUUUGCCGGACGCAAGAAUCGUCAUGUCCUGGCCCAUCAACGUCUCAGCUGAGUACACAGAACUGCUGCAUUAG